AUGAGCGUGUCCGACGACCACCACGUAAACGCAUACAACAACACCACCACUAACAACGAAAAAUGGCAACUGAAUGCAUGUCCAUCAAUCCAAACCACAACCAAGGCUCCGUGGGCUGUGUACGGCACAGACGAAAUAGAACUGCCACCGAUUCACCAUCCAAUCACCGUGGGCUGUCAGAUUCGUACACCGACCCGUGUGGCACCAGCUGUUGCUGCCCACAUCCGUAUUGUACCGGUCAGAUCCAAAACGAACCGGUUGUUAUGGUCAAUCGCGGCUCACAAUCAACAAUCGAUGAGAAUUUUACUAACAAAUCGUACACCGGAACAGGAACAGAACAAUCACACAACAGUCCUUUUUACAAAUAACCUGUCUGAUAACACCACCAGUUUUAUGGUCUACUUAAGUAUUCACUUCUGGGCGGAACACGAGACAUCCGGAUGGCCAACUUGUACAUUCAAUCAGACUCUGUCCACCGGAUCUAUUCGCCCGAUAAUGCGUGCGCAUGACACCUGGCAAUGUGACGUACGAUGGCGUCAACCAAACGAGGCCACGAAUGUAUCAAUUUGGAUUCGCUAUGCGAAUUUGUCCCAGUCCAUCCUGAUCUAUAACACUCCCGCGUUGAAUGGGACCGGUCCGAAACUACGUGGACUGCAUGGCAAUGUACGUCAUAUUAUGCAACUGAGUUGUGUCCGAACCAAACAAGAGCAAGCUCUGGUGCAUUUGUUCAACGCGAAUCAGAUCCCAAAUCCAGUCUCGUUUAGUUACAUAUGGGAUAUUGAAUUGCGUGAUGGACCACAGGGCCUAACACACGCGUUUAACUUGUCACAGCAUCACCCCACUCUGGUACUUCAACCGCUACACGAGGAGAAUUCCACAUUGGCUUGGUCCUAUCAUGUCGAUUCAAAUCAGUUGGUCGCAGAAUUUCCCCAUACAGGUCAACCGAUACCAGUCAGAGGACCUCGAGUCAUUUGUGCUCGAUGCCGUUCAGUCUACAUGGAACAGCUAAUGUGGUACGGAUCAGUAGAAUGUCAUCCUCUGACAGAGUGGCCUCUGAUCGACUCGACUGCACAAAACACAUCAGCUCCACAACCCAGUACCUUCAUGCUAAUUCUACGACAAAAAGAAAUGCCAACUCAAACGGUGCCCGAUAGGAUCAAAGGUAUCAGCACAUUCUAUACUCUGGAAUCGGUUCCAUACGAACUGGAAUGUAUUGUCUCGGGUGGUCUACCGCUGAACGAAACAAGAAAUUUGUCUCCUCAAUUGUGGCCCUCGAUCCACGGUUGGAAUGUGUCGACUGGAACACAUACUUUAGUGGCACAACAGAGCUGGCGCUUAAGUCCGUAUUCGCGGACAACACACAUUAAAUUGAACCCUAUCCAGAGAAUUCAACCGGAAUGCCGAUAUGCCAAUCAUUCCAUUAAAGUGAUUGUUCAACCGGUUCAUCCCACCGGGCCAAUUAUUACAGACGCUCAAGCAGUAGAUGUGCGAACAACAGGCGACCCAUCUGGGUCGCCCAUCAACUGGUACUGUCGAGCGGAAGGAUUUCCUCUACCGAACAUUUACUGGGAGCUUCGCUUACACGAUGCAGACCAACACAACACAUCUGAAUGGAUCAUGCUUCACGCAUGUCCCGCAUCAUAUCAGCCGAACUCUUUAUCUGACACACAAGUGUGUAACUUCACAACAUGGUCAUCGGAGCUUUCACAAGCUGAGCAAGUUAGAUGUCGAGCUACAAGCCACCAAACCACGGUGAUCAAGAGUCUGUUUCUGAGUGAACUUCGGCUUUUCGCUUCCCCCUCCUCCAUAUUGGCAAAAGCGACUCACAAUGUUACCCGCAAUGCAUGGGGACUGACAGAAGCACGCUGGAUGAUCAGUCUAUGUUCAUUAAUUCUCCUGGUAUUCGCUACGCUGAUCAUCAUAUCUUUAUGUGUUUAUCGUCGUACAAGAAAAAAGAUCGAGGAAUCCGGGCUACAUCCGAUAGCGAAUGCACUUUAUACGAAACCUUCACAAAGUGUGUAUUAUCGCCGGCAAGAUGAAGCGGACAUAUCUAUUUGCUGCAAACUGGGGAUAGAAAGUGACGCCGUCCGUGAACUGGUUUAUCUGCUUGGUUCGGUAGAACAACUGUUCCGAUGGCACAUACCCAAAGACUGUGUCGAAGUGACCGGUUUACACUUGGGGCUGGGACAUUAUGGUCGUGUUAUCAAAGGUUGGUACACGGAACCCCAGGUCGCACCACACUCACCAGUUAGGGUACCAGUAGCCAUUAAAACAGCCUCAGAGGAAUUGAGUAGCAGUCAAUGUUUACGCAAUGAAAUUCAGAUUUUACCUGGACUUUCUGAAGGGGCAAACAUUGCUCGUAUGCUUGGACUGAUAGUGGGCACUCGACGGGAUUUAAGUGAUACAUACUUGGUGCUUGAGUAUUGUGAACACCGAAGUUUGGCUGAGUUUGUGCGAAAACACGCAUCACAACUGACCGGAACUGAUAACCGAGCGCAGAAAACAAGCAUUCAUUCAUGCGAUUCAGGCGUGUACAGUAUGAACGGCACAGACUUAGGCACAGAUCCCACUAUUCCCAAAGAAGCAGUCUCAGUGGACUUCACCAACGCGCCACAUUCAUGCAUGACUGAAUCAAACCCAUCCUAUCGUUUGACUUAUCAGACCUUGUAUGAACUGGCUUGGGGUAUCGCGAAUGGAGUGGAUUUCCUUGCCCGGUCCGGGAUUAUUCAUCGUGACUUGGCUACAAGAAAUGUUCUGGUCGAUGCGUGUCACACACCAAGAAUAUGUGAUUUCGGCCUUGCAGUACGCAUCGUUCGCACCGACUCAGAGACUAUUCGAGACGAGUCUUAUCGUAUCACAUCAUUUCAAAAACAGCUCCCAUUUCGUAUUUUACCACUUGAAGCCCUUCGGGAACAAACAUUCUAUCUGGCCUCGGAUGUCUGGGAACUGGGCCUGCUAUUCUGGCAACUGUUUCAUCUGGAAAGUAAGAAACCGUUUGUGCAUGUGCGCAGCGCCGAGGAUUUAGUUCUCCAGCUUCAGAUUCAUUUUCGUAACUGUACAAAUACCACUGCCCAGGCCCCACCGGCAUUGGUCCGACCGCGGUUGGUGGAUGAUGAAUUGUGGUAUAUGAUGUGUCGAGCAUGGCAGGCGGAUCCGAAACGCCGACCAACAGCACAAGAAUUUUCCACCCUACUCAGCAUUAUCUUGGAUGGAAUGCGUAGUGAGAAGCGAACUAGCGGCACAGAGCCGGUGCAUGAAAGUGCACACGAACUAAACUACAUCACUUGUGUGGAUUUGAAUAGUACAGAUGUCGGAACGGACAAAACACUCCAGGAACUACGGGAACCGGAACCGCUAGUGUGA